AGAAAUAAAUAAUUAAUACCUUUUUUCGCGCUUGUGUGCUGAUAUUUGUUUAUGAUCAUUCGUACUUGUCUAUUUGAUCCGGAUAGUUAACCAAAAAAAUCUCUGAUAUAUUUAAUAUAAAUAUUAAUGUGUGUACUAUAUUACUGAAUAUGUAUUUACGAAAGAAAAAGAGAGAGAGAGAGAAAAAAGACGCUAAAUUCUACAGCGCGCUGAUUCUUUUUUUACAUCGCUUUGUUGUCAUUCGCGAAGGUGAGACUCGAGCGGCAGGUAGGCAGCCCGAGACACUCUGUGUUGUCGCAGUACUCUAUGGAACGCGGUCGCGAGAAGUACGUAUAUCAAGAGACGUGAAACGCAAUUUUCUUGACAAUUGACAAUUAUUAGUUUGUGCAAUUAAUUAAUUUUCACGAUUGACAACUCAAGAGCGUACCGAGGCGACGGCUAUCUAUCAAAGAUGGCCUGAGCCUCGGAGCAAAUCUUCCAUGGACCGUCCACGAAAAUCGGAGGAUGACUCGCUGCUGCCGUGCAUCUUUCCAGGGUUCCCGCGUCGACGAUGCCGCCGGCGAUCAGUUGUGAUCAGGAUGGAUCUGGGAUUGAUUCUAGCUCUGAUGAUGCUGAGCGCAGCCGGUGUCUCGUCCUCCCACAUGCCCGAGAAAUAUCCCAUAGAAGUGUACCAUAUGUUGCAAGAAAGAACGCAAUUUGGAAUGGGACGUGAUAAUAGGGUGAGAGGAACUUGGGGCACGUGGAGCUCGUGGAACGAAUGUUCCAGAUCAUGCGGCACUGGUGUCCAGUCUCAAUCACGAGAAUGCAUUCCUUUACGGAGACUUUUGAGGAGGCGAAGUAUUAUCUCGGAGAACGGUACGAGCACCGCCAGACCUAUUUGUAUCGGCACAUAUAAGCGCUACCACACGUGCAAUACGCAGGUAAGCCGAGACCUGCGGGCGGAACAGUGCGCCAAGUACAACGGGAGGAACUACAAGGGCCGCAGUUACGUCUGGAUACCUUUCAUAGACGCGCCGAACUCCUGCGCGCUCAAUUGCCGUGCAGUCGGCGAGCGUUUUUACGCAACGCUUGAACCGGCAGUAAUGGAUGGCACGCCCUGCGAUGCCCCGAAUCUUCGCGGACGCGGCAGCAACGGGAUUUCGACGGAACGCAACGGUGGCGAACGGUGGCUUUGCGUCGCCGGACAAUGCAAGUCUGUAGGAUGCGACGGGGUGGUGGGUUCCGGCGCGACAAUGGAUGCCUGCGGCGUGUGCGGUGGCCAAGGUAGGGGAUGCAGAUUGUUCGAAGGCAUCUUCAUGGAACCGAUCUUGCCUAAGGGUCAUCAGCAGGUGACCACGAUUCCAAAGGAUGCUAUGUCACUCAACAUAUCCGAGUUACGAUUCAGCAGCAAUUUUUUAGCGUUGAGGGACAGUAACGGCAGUUACAUCCUAAACGGACCGUGGUCUUACAGUCCCAGUGGAACUUAUAAAGCGGCUGGUACGACAUUAACAUACCAGAGGGGCGAUAGAAACCGUAUGGAGUGUAUCUUAGCGACUGGACCGUUGAACGACUCUUUGCAUUUAGAGAUUUUAUCCAUGGAGUUAAAUCCAGGCGUCUUGUACAAAUACAUGCUACCUAUGAAGGAAGUACCGGAAAGUAAAGCGGUGAUUGCACCGCCGCUGCUUGUCGCAGGAUCGAAUGAUCGGGGCAACGAGAUACCUAGUCCAGAUACUCAUGUGACCGUGCGGGUACCAGUUACAAAAAUAUCAGAUCGGCGCAGCGAUUUAUCUCCAACGCGUCGCGAUCGCGAUCCGCAUGACGGCGGACGGAAGGAAGAGAUGAAGCAUCCACCGACUACGGUGAUGGCGGGCGAUCAGCCAAAGUCAAAGACGACGAGGAAGAAGAGAAAAAGGAAGUUUGCUUGGAAAAUAAUCGGCUACGCUCCUUGCUCGAAAGAAUGCGGGGGAGGCAUACGUACGACGAUUCUAAAGUGCAUUCGUGAGAAUAGUCAGACAUCUGUCAACGAUAAACGUUGUCGCAACGUGGAAAAACCGAAUCAUCCUCCCCCGCUGCGAUGCAACGAUCAUCCUUGCGCCGCCAGAUGGCGAGCCGAGCAGUGGAGCCAAUGUUCGGUCACUUGUGGAGUCGGCAUCAGAACGCGAAAACUCGAAUGCAUUCAGGAGCUGAACGCAAGAUUGACAAUGCGCGUUGCUGCCGGUGCGUGCAUUCAACCGCCAGAUCUGAGCACCACGGAAGCUUGCAGUCUGCCAGCCUGUCCCAACGCAGGCCCAGAAUUGAGGCAUAUGCCCUCACAACACGACGCACCCAGGUGGGAUGUGGGCGUUUGGAGUCCGUGUUCGACGACAUGCGGUCGUGGAAUCCGAAAUCGAACGGUGACUUGCAUAACGUCCGGAGAAUCGUGUUCGUUAGCCAAUAAGCCGGAAUCCCAAAAAGCGUGCGAGAUUACGGCUUGUAACGCAGCAACGGACGUGGGACAUCAUGCACCCUGGCUGUACUCAGAAUGGUCUUCUAAAUGCUCCUCGGAAUGUGAAAAUGGUCUGAAAAUCAGACGAGUGGCAUGCGCUGACGGUAGCGAAUUAUUCUGCAAUCCCAAAGAGAGACCGGACACGGAGAUGCAUUGUUUCGAACGGGGAACGAACUGCGAUCGAGCCAAGUGGUUCACCGGUCCAUGGACUUCCUGUUCUGUUUCGUGCGGUGUCGGUAUGCAACAUCGAGAUAUCGCUUGCAUAGCAAAAGCGAAUGAUGAGUUUGUCGUACUAUCCGCGAAAAAUUGCAGUGAUCCGAAGCCAGUGACUAAACAAGUCUGCAGAAUGUCGACAUGUUCGCCGGAAUGGUUCACCUCGAAUUGGUCGACGUGUUCUGCAACAUGCGGAAUCGGAGUGCAAACACGGCUUGUACGAUGCAUCGUCGAGGGCAUCAGUAGCACCAAUUGUUCAGAAAUCACGAAACCAACCACAGAGCAACGAUGUAACACGGAGCCGUGUAAGAAGGAUGUGCCAGUAGUAAGCAAACCACCGAAAAAAAUGCACGAACCGUCCGAGUGCGUUGACAAGUAUCCGAAUUGCGCUUUAGUAGUAAAGAACGGUUUGUGCCGAAUCAAAUAUUACAAGCACUCGUGUUGCCAAUGCCGCCAAUAGCUGAGGCAGCAAUUUUGCGUUCAUUCACAAUUUUAUGAAUGCGAAGUUAGUGUUCAUUGAUUAAAAUAUAGAUAUCAUGUCACACAGGCAAUUCCUGCCAAGCGUAAGACUGCUACAGAGAGAUGAUCACAUAUGUAUAGUUUUAUUUAUAGUAAACGAAUAACAUAAUUCUCAUAGAACGGUAGAAUUUCCUUUUCUUUUUUUUUUUUCAAAGGACGUUUCGAUGAAUUAGAAAGAAUCGACGAAUUCAGAAUGCAGAGUUUAUUUCUUCGUCUUAAUCUUUCAUUUUAAUUCUACGAAUUUUCGAGUCAAUUUUUGGAGAAAUAUUGAAACUGUGUUCUGAAUGAAGGACAAAUAAAUAAAAUAAUAAUGAGAUAAAAAUAUAUAUAGAUAUCAGAAAAAAACAAAAAUAUCCUACAUUAAAAACGAUAAGCUUCUAUCUAUUCGGAUUAAAAAUAGAUUUUUUAAUGAUAGAAGUCCUCGAAAAACUAAUCUUGAUAUUUCCGAGAAUCUCAAACAUAGUGAGAAAGUUCAGAUUUUGUAUUGCUUGAUAUUGUCAGGUUUUUGUGUGUGAUAAUAUAUUGCGAUGUGUGAUAUGAUAUGUGCGUCCACCUGCAGAUACGUGUACGGAUCGUUUACAUCACGUCGCGUGCAUGUACGAGUCGAUAUCUGUGUUAUCAUCGCCGUGAACAGGAGAUGCAGGGCCGUAAUUUUAUCGAUUCGGACGAGCAUUUAUGCAUACACAAUAUUGACCCUGGUGCUUUUAUAUGCAGUAUCGCAAGCUUAAUUUUUAUGUGCUUUUUAUCAAGCGACUCGUUUGCUGUAUCCAAAGUGAAAGAAUAUGUGACAACCCCAUUCUUGAAGACCCGAAGUAUCUUGAAGAUUUUCGUAUAGAAAAACAAGAAGUCUCAUAUUUUCAUCCCUAUUUUAAUGUCAUAAUAUUUAACGAUCUGAUAUGUGCUUUGAGCGGUGUAGACUACGAAAACAGUCCGAUUAAAAAGUAAUAACAUUUUUGAAGAUGAACACGAAGAAGUCUCGAAUAUAUCCAAUUACGUCCCUGGAUAACGAGCUUCUCUUUGCAUGCACGUUUGCGCAAAACCUGUAUGCUCAUGGAAAUCUCCGAAGCUGCUAUAUCCGCCUCUGCAUCGAUCGCGUAAAACAAGAAACGAGUUUCCAAUGAGUCCGUAUUCCGGAAUCGACGUGAAACGAUGUAAAAGCCGUUGUGUCGAUUGUGUCGUUCGAGCGCACAGGUUUGCGUUAUACAGGAAAAAUAUGUCGCGAUAAAAAAUCGGCGUUACUUGUUUCUGAAGAGAAACAUUUUGUCACAGAAAUAUAAUUGUCUUCUAUGUUGAAAUGUAAAAAAUCAUCAGACGACAAUUUAAUGUGGCAACAUUACUGUGUCACGCUCGAUAUUCGAACAAACGAGCUUAAUCCAGACGGAAAGAAAUGUUCUUUUUUGUAAAUAAGUUUUGAAGAUACGUAGAUUAUUGUACAUACGAAUUGCGAAAUAAUGUAAUGAAAUACUAACGUCGCGAUAAAAUUACGAAAGCAUUUCUUCUAACAAAGCGUAAAUAUUUGUUAAUAUUUUCCUGCAUUCGUUGUAGCUUCGUGAUUCAAACAUUGAUGUCUUAUUAAGAAUUAAUAUAAUUUCUUUUUAGACAUAUUUUAUGUUAAUAACUGCUUUUAUAUAUAAGUUAAAAAAGUGUUGCAAAAAUUUUUAAUUGAUGUUUGAUUUACGAAAAUUGCAUGGUAAGAUAUUCAUUUUUCGAAUUAAAAAAUUUUGCGCGAAGCAAAUUUUCUUUAAUUGAUACUUAUAUUUCUAAGGUUUGAUCUCGAAGGAAUUACGAAUGUUAAAACUCUCGUUCUGCAUACAUCAUUAGGUAUCGAAUAAAUUCAUUCGAGUAAGUUGAUUGCAUGAUAAUAUAUACAGUAAUAGAAAUAUAUGCUUGUAUGUGCAGAUUACAUAAACUCGUUGAUAUAUAUAUUGUAUAUUUCGCGACGUCGAAAUGAAAAUUAGAGUGAUUCACUAUGUAUAUCGUCAGCAAAUUAAUUCGACGUUAAACUCGUUUCUAAUGCACCAUUAGAAACAAGCUGUUAACACUAUUAAAUAGUAUGAAGCAGUUUGGAUUAAUUAAUCCAAAUUGUAUCGAUUGAACCCUUUUACCAUUUCUAAAGAAUUAUUCGAAUGAAUUCUGUAUUGAAUUGUAUGCCUCAUAUCUUUUGUCUCGCUCAGAUUCUCUAUUUUUACAGCAAUUACAAAUUAUUUACACAAAA